UAUUACGACGAUUUUAUUCAAUGUGCUGCGCCGCCAUAAGAUUGUCCGUACAGUCUUUCUGUCGCCUGUGCAAAGCCGGUGGAGACUUGGAGGUGAAGCUCCCGCCAGCCUCAAGCGCGACGAGACCCGACUUUUUCGAACUACCACCACAGCCAUUGUUCACCAACCACACCCUGCCCCGAACUGCGCACUCGACACGCAAGACCACCAGCGCCAUCAGAUCAAAGACCUCCCAAGGCGCUUCAUUUAUCGGUUCGAUUCGCCUCCAGAUCACUCAGCUGCCAGCCUCUUGGGCGGCGCCAGCGCGUCCAUCAUGGCCACCUCGCGCAACGGAGAGCGCGUUGUUCAUCAAGAAUACAUCGCACGCAUCAGAUACAGCAAUGCGCUCCCUCCACCGCCGAAUCCGCCCAAGCUGCUCGACAUCCCUAACACGGGCCUGUCGAGCGGGCAGUACACCAAUCCCAAGUUCGCCUCGCGCUUGGCGAGAGAGCAACCGCUCAACAUCGAGGCCGACGCAGAAUUGGGCAUGCCGCUAGACCUUGUGGGAAUGCCGGGUGUUUUUGAUGGCGACGAGCGAUCCAUUCAAGCACCUGCGCAACAACCAGAUGUCCAUCCUCACGAUCGAGCACUCCUACGGCCCCUUGCUAGCCUUGGGAAACGCAAGGCUGUCGAUACUGGUGUUUCCUUCCUUCGCCGCACAGAGUACAUCUCCAACCUCGCCACGAGGAAGCCGGAAGCUGGCAAGGGAGCUUUUCUCGGUGCGUCCCAGAAGAAACGCAUACAGCGAUCACCCGAGGCUGCAGCCGACUCUCCUGUCGCCAUCAAGCGAAAGAUUGAGCGCAGCUUUGCACUGGCCGACGAAGAGCUCAAGAACCACAAGCGUGUCAAGCACCCUACAAGGAAGCAACUUCAACUGGUAGAUGCGACACCUCUCAUCCCGGAUCUCGAUGCAUUCCCCGACUCCGGUGCCUUUGUUACGAUCAAGUUCGACAGGAACCCUGUCGCUGGUUCUUCAGAAUACGACAAGCGUCUUCUCAGCUCCAUGUUCCGUCCCAUAGACCGAUCGCAGGAAGAGGAGGCUGCAUUCGAUGCCGCCAUGGACCUGCACAGGGCCAAUCCGGACACGGUCCCAAAGCCACAGAACCUCAUGAACUACGAUUUCUUCCUACCGCAGAACAAAAAUGCUGCAACCAACUUCCGCCGCAUGUUCGACCCGACUGACGCGGACCACGAGGACGAGAGCUUAUAUACCCACCAAGCAGAGUCAGGUCCAUGCUUCCAGUUCAAUCGUUUGCGUGCAUACGAGACCUCUCAUGAGACCGAGCUCGAACACUCGGAUAAAUACUCUGAUGAAGUUAUCCUCUCUGUUGUGGAUGACGAGAGCGGAUCCAGGCAAAAGGCCGUGUACUACUAUCCCGUGCUGCAGAAAUCGACCAUCCGCUCGCAGCGUACCAAGAACAUUGCCCGCACCAUGCUCAACAACGGGGACGAGGACGAGAAGGUUGUGGAGCGCAUGGACCUCACGGUGCAGGACCCCAACGAGGACAUGCUCACAGCCAUGAGGAAUUAUAGGGAACAUCCUUUUGGCUGGGAGGACCCUGACCAGGAAGAGCAGGUGGAGGUGGAGGAAGCACCAAUUCAACGACAGGCCAGUGAGGACGUUGAUGGCGAUGUCGACAGACAGGCUCACGCCUCCGAGUCGCCUAGACGCGAAUCGGCACAUGAUGACGGUUCUGAGGAGGAGUAGCGCCGCCUGCCUGCCGUUGGAAAAAUUGCAUAUUGAUCUUUCUACUUGGGCGCUAGAGGCGUCGUUUCGGCGCAAAUGAGAUGGGCAGUGUAUAUUUCAAAAUCCUUGGGGUUUAGCAUGGAAGACAAGAUUAUGGU